AUGGUGGGUUUGCCUGCCAGAGGGAAAUCAUUCAUCUCUCAAAAGAUCCGUCGUUAUUUGUCUUGGCUGUCUGUCCCUACAGAAUCUUUUACUCAGUCUUCUUUUCGGAAAAAGCGUGCAGAGUCUUUAAAAUUCAUGGAUGAUGAGCUUUUUGAUCCUUUGAAUGAAAAGGGUAAAAAAUUAAGACUUCUCUCUCAUCAGGAUUGUAUGGGUGCUAUCCUGAACUGGUUCAGCAAUCAUCAGUCGGGCGUGGCGAUUUAUGAUGGUGCAAACAUUACCAGAGACAUUCGCAAGAAGAUUAAGGAAACACUCAGUUCUUCUGAUGUACAGACUUUGUUCUUAGAAAGUUAUUGUGACGACGAAUCCAAGGUGCGUGCCAACAUUCAGGAUAUCAACCAGACAUCACCCGAUUAUAUGGACAAGACUGUCGAAUACACAUUGGCAGAUUUAAAGAAAAAAAUUCGGUUCUACGAUUCGUUUUACGAGCCCAUGAAUGUUGAAUAUGAAGGUGAUUGCACGUUUAUUAAGGUGCUGAAUUUAAGCUCCGAGAUUCUUAUAAACAGAAUCGAAAGUUAUCUGCAAAGUCGUAUCGUCUACUACGUGAUGAACCUACAUGUUAAACCAAGAUACAUCUGGCUGUCCCGUCAUGGGGAGUCGCAGUAUAAUCUUGAAGGUAAGAUUGGAGGCGAUGCAGAUCUAAGUGAGAGAGGUUGGAAGUAUGCACGUAGAUUGAAGGACAUGGCAGAGAAAUACAUCCCUAACCACGGUAGUUUACACGUUUGGACUUCCACUCUUACUCGAACCCAACAAACUGCAUCAUUUUUGCCUUAUCCAAAGAAAACUUGGAAGGCGCUGGAUGAAUUAGAUGCAGGUUCGUGCGACGGUCUUACUUAUGAAGAGAUCGCAGAAAGGUUUCCAGAGGAUUUCAAAGCACGCGAUGAUAACAAGUUUGAGUAUAGAUACCCUGGUGGAGAGUCAUAUAGGGAUGUUAUCACACGGUUAGAACCCAUCAUUAUGGAAUUGGAAAACCAGGAAAAUGUGCUUGUGAUUACACAUCAGGCUGUUCUCAGGUGUAUUUAUGCCUACUUCAUGAAUGUCCAUCAGGAAGAGAGCCCUUGGAUGUCAAUCCCAUUGCAUACGCUCAUUAGGUUAGAAAUUAGAGCUUACGAUACAUUGGUGACCCGCAUUAAGGCAGAUAUUCCUGCAGUUUCUACCUACAAAGAGAAGGGCACAUCUAAGCUGGGAGAGACAAGAGAUAAUUCCAAGAUACUUGCAGGAGAUGUUAUCAGCACCGGUAAGAGCUGA